AUGAAUAAAUUGAGUUAUCAACCUCUAGGUUUUGUUUUGAAAUUUGAUCCACCAAUAAUUGGAUUAUUAUAUCAUCCAAUAGAGAAUAAGAAAGUGAAUAAGAAAAAGAAGAAGUGUUACGCUAUUCAUUUGAAUAAUCUAAUAUUUUUGGUUGAACCUGAAGAUAUUGUAGAAGCAUUGUUUAAUGAACAUUAAGAAUUCUUAGAUCCUGAUGUUGUAAAACCAUAAUAAGUACAUCUGAUAAUUUAAUAAGGUGUAUAAAUUAGUGUUGCGAUUAGUUGCAUAUAGAGAUCAUUAGUUAAGAAAUAUGUAAGAAAUGGGUGAAGAUAUGGGUAUUACUAUUAUAUCAUAUUUAAGGCGAUGGUUAUUAUGAAGAAGAAGAAGAAGAAAUGCCUGCACCUUAACCUAAAGGGAAAGGAGCAAAAGCUUAAGCAUAAUAACGAAGAACUAAUGAUAAUAAUAGAUCAUUUUGAUUUCUUAUAUUAUAA